AUGGAGGUGGUAUCUUCAUGCUGACAGCUGAGAAGCAGGUCAGUCAGGUUCUGGGGUGCUGCAUUACACAAGCAAGAUACAGCCAGCUCCGCCUAAUUUUGUUUCUCUGGCACCCUCCUGCUUAGUGAGAGGGCGCCACAUUUAACCCAUCUGCUUUCUCUAAUGCAUGGCAGCCUCAUUUCAGCCAGGAAAGCUGUGAUAUUUCAGUUCCUGUUUGUAAAUACCUCCUAGACUUGAAGAUCCCCUAUACCAAAGAAGGCUACAAUGUUGACCUCAGCCCAAACUCUAUUGCUUUCAACCUUGUUUAGUUUACUGUUAUUUGUAAGCCAUGGAAAAGAAAGUCUGGAACUAAACACAACACAAAACAUUGCAGAAAGCUUAAAACACAUGGCAAAAGAAUACGUUCCUUUGAAAACUGGAGCAGAUUUCAACUUAGGUAAAGAAAAUAGAGAAACUUCCAAUCCCAACGCAAGAAAUUCCUCUCUUUGGGAUCCAUCAAAUAAAAGUGAUGAAACAACAGAUUUUGUGGAUAAUUUGACCACAGACUCCCCCAGGAGUCCCACACCCACACCUGUAUUUUCUGGAAGCACUUCCUUGAUCCACAGCUUUGUUUCUAAACUGCCUCAGAACUCAACUGCAGGAGAUGAAAAUUCUCUGUCCGUUUCAUCACCUCCCAAUGCUACAUCUGCUGUAUCCUCAGUGGAGUCCCUGGCCAAUGAUACCAUGAAAACUGACAACAGUUCCAUUACAGUUAGCGCACUUCCCUCGGCGUUAACCACCACGAACCCCAUGACAACGGAACCAGAUGGAUGGCUUAACAUUACUAAUGAUAGCUUUGUGGGGUUUACCCCCUAUCAGGAAAUGACUCUACAGCCCACCUUAAAAUUCACCAAUAAUUCAAAAAUCUUUCCAAAUACAUCAGAUCCCCAAGAAGAGAAUAGAAAUACAGGAGUAGUAUUUGGGGCCAUUUUAGGUGCUAUUCUGGGUGCUUCCUUGCUUAGUCUUGUCGGCUACUUGUUGUGUGGAAAACGAAAAGUGAAUUCAUUUUCUCAUCGGCGACUUUAUGAUGAUAGAAACGAACCAGUUCUGCGAUUAGACAAUGCACCGGAACCUUAUGAUGUGAGUUUUGGAAAUGCUAGUUAUUACAACUCAACUGUGAAUGAUUCAUCCAUACCAGCAGGUCAAGAAAAUGCACGUGAUGGUAUUCCAAUGGAUGACAUACCUGCACUCCGUACCUCAAUAUAAAACUAAGGGGAAAAGGGCUUCAGAUGGCAAGUGUUUGCUUACAUCCUGGCCUUUUCACCAACCCACCUUCCAAAAGCUGAAGCAAGAUCACUGUCAUGUGGCUUGUGCCAAGAAGAACUGUAAAAGCCUGAGCCUAGUAGCAGAAACAUAGAGAUGACAAAUCAUCCAAGGGGUCUCCUUUCUUGCCAUUUCUGGCAAUGCUGAAACUUAUAUGGAGUAACCUUCAUUUGUAUUUUAGUCUAUUUUCUUCUCAGUAAGAAAUGUUUGUGGGAUCACAUAAAACUAAAAGAUUGUACCUUGAUUGCCCUCCUUGAUAAUUUAAUUUAAAAACUUCUUCACUGAAAAUAGAGAACAAAAUCUACAUUUAUACUUUGUUUUGGCCAAAAAUAAGUCAAUGGAUUGACACUUCACUGCUCUCCCUGUAGCUCUAAUGCCAUGCAUCACAGUUGACAUUCUGUUGAAGAAGCACUGGAAGUAAAUUUUUUUUAUUUUUUUACAUAAAGCUAGAAAGACAGAUGGCACAGAACCUCUGUUUCUGAGAAAUGUAGAGAAUGGAAGUGAGAGACCUGUCUUUUAAGCACAUUUUACUUUGCUGCCUUAGCACUUACUAGCACAUGGUCAGUCCCUUGAACUGCCAAGUUGACAAUGACUUGGCAUGCAACAGGGCUGUUAGGAAAGAUGACCCUAACCAGGAAAGUAAUUGCUUUUCUUCAAAGGAUGUCUGAGUUACUUUAUGCCUCAAUUAACUGGGUAACCUAAAAACUCAAUGAGAAAUGUUUUGAAAAAAGUCAGCCAAAGCCUGUACCUGUACAUAAUUUUUACAGUUUUAAGAUGUUAGAUAGGAACAUAAUUUAUUAUGUAUUAGACAUUACUGAUCAAUUGUAUAUGGAAUAGAUUCUGCAUCUCCAAAUAGAUAAUGAAUGAGAUUAAAAAUAGAUAAAUGGAAAUGUUAAACAAAUAAAAAAAUUUCUGAGCAUCAGUUGCAAGAAGUUUAAUUUGGAUUAUGUUUCAGUUUGUUUUUAAUUACUAUCUGCUUCUGGCAGGGAAAAACACACACAAAACAAACAAAAACUCUUUAGUAUAGGUAGGUCCAAGGCUUUAGGGAUUAAAGAAUCAGAUCAAGAAAUACAUUCCAAAUGAAGCAGUGAAUAUGUGAAGAGGACAAACAAAGCAAUAGACUUUGUUGAAUUGAUACAUGGGGUGUGUGUGUGUGCGUGCACAUGCGAGUAUGAAAAAAUACAGUAAUAGCCUCAGAGAAUGAGGGCUAGGAAGUAAUGGAGAAUUACUUACCCCAUAUUGCCAUAAAAAUAGCAAAGAAGACUGUCCCUCCAUUAUCAAACAAGUAUGUCACCUUAAUGGAAAAGAAACAAAACUAUUAAUUACAGUGUUGGUUAUAAUAAGCAGGUGAUUGCAAAUCCUCCCCCUUGGAAUCACAUUAUUCUAUAGUUUGUAAAUAUAAGACAUAGAUAACUUCAUGAUUGCUACAGCUAUUUCAUAUAAUUUUUCUCUUGGAAAGAGGUAAAGGAUCAGCAUUUUUCCCUUUGCUUUCCACUUCCCUUUUAUUCCUUAUGGACUCCAUCUUCAUUUCUGCUUAGAAAUUGUUCUAGCACCUCAAGGAAGUAUUUGUGAGCCACAGAGAGUCAAGCUAUAGUGUGACCUGUAAGAAGUCAACCUUUCAGUUGAGGAAUACCUAGUUGGACUUUUUGUUAGCAAAACCUCCAGGAUUGGGAAAGUUGCAAAAUGCAUAAUUCCACUAGUGAGGCAGACUCUCAAUGGCAUGGUAUCACAGUGCCAUCCCUCCUCUCUGAUAGCUUUCAGAAUGGGCCAUGGCCCAGUAGGGGCUAUAGAAGGUAAUAAAUUCCAUAUUAAGUUGUUUUUCAGAAGUUUCAUAAAUCACUGACAGUAGGAUAUAGUCCAAGUGUUUUUGAACCAGACAUUACCUGAAGUUUUAUAGAGAAUAAUAUACAGUUAUGUGAUGUUAUUGAAUACAAUUUUCAGGGUUGCAAGAAUUGUUUGAUUUUAAUAAAGUAUAAAUUUAAUUUA